AACCGCCAGCUUGACUGCAUUGCGCUACCGCGUCAACUCCAACGCUUGAACGUCGAUCGGUGAUCGUCUUUUUCACAUUCAUCAACAAACAAAUAAGCGAAGCGAACUUGCAAGGCUCCAAAAUAGCAAAGUAAAAUUCAGUUGACUCAAAAGUGGUGUCGGAUGUGGAAGUGUAAAUACUCCAAUAGUUGACAAUAGAACAAAACAAACCAAAACAAAAUUCAAACAAUUCUAUAAACUGUUCAAAUUUGAAAUAACGCAAUUGCCGUUAAGUGUAGUGAAAUUGGGAGGCGAGCAGAGAGAGAAAUAUUUCUUUUUAAAUUACAGUAACCACCGAGCAGUCGUCACACAAAGUACUACAACAACAUGUCUAACAAUAACAGUGAGGAAGCAUUCAAUAUACGUAUAGGUUAUGUGAAACCCGAAACGCUCGAAAUCGCCAAGAAUGAGCUUCGCGAAACGCCUGAGGUUAAAGAGGCCGCGAUCAAGGAACUCCGUGAACUCCUGCAUGCCGCCACAGAUAUUCACUACAAGGACGAUGAUGAGUUCUUGGUGAUAUUCUUACGUGCUUGCCAUUUCUAUCCAAAGAGCGCGCUCGAAAAGAUGCGCACCACAGCCGCUUUCCGCAAAGAUAACGCCGCCCUUGUCCAUGGCCUAGUCAUCGAACAACUCAAGGACAUAUUCAUCGAAUAUGGAAUUGUAAAUGUACUGAAGAAUUGCGAUCAACAUGGACGACGCGUAAUGAUUGUGAACUGUGGUGAAUUGUGGGAUCCCAGUGUGGUCCCAUCCGAUGAUGUUUUCCGCAUGUUGUAUAUGGUACAUAUUGCUGCCCAACUGGAACCGGAAUCACAAAUACGCGGUGUUGUUUGUAUUAUGGACUUUGACGGCUUGUCAAUGAAGCAGGUGAAAGCUUUGUCGCCGAGCUUCUCGAAGCGUCUACUCACUUUCAUACAGGAUGCGAUGCCCUUGCGCAUGAAGGAGGUGCAUUUUGUGAAACAACCUUUCAUUUUCAAAAUGGUUUGGGCUCUCUUCAAGCCAUUCGUACGUGAGAAGUUGAACAAGAGGAUGCAUUUCCACGGCAGCGACAUGAAGUCUCUGCAGAAAUUCCUCUCACCCGAAAUCCUGCCCGAAAACUACAAAGGCACAUUGCCGAAAAUCGACUACGGUGGCGCCGAUUGGUUCCCAGCGAUAGAGAAGCAUGCUGAUUUCGUGAGAGAAUGGUCCGAAUUAGGGCCAGCGAAAUGGUAAACUCCCAAGUGAAACGAGUCACUAACAACUACAGCAAAAAAAAAAGAGAAUAAUUAUAAAUAUUAGAUUGCUGCUACCAAAGGCUGUACAUUCCUACACUGUCUCGCGUUCUUUCUUUUCUUAAAAAAAAAAAAAUAAAAAAAUAAAAAAAAA